CUCUCUCUCUCUCUCUGCUUCUGUUAAAAAGAGCAAAAGGAUCUCUCUCUUUUACUCCCUCCUUGCUUUGCUUUCAGUGAACCCACCCAACCCCCUCUCUCUCUCUCUCUCUCUCUCUCAACUUUUUGGGUUCUUUUCUUCUUAUCCUGUCCUGCAGAAUCUGCAGCUGGUGAAAGUUCAAUCCUCAUAUCAGAUCUUCCUUAAGAAGAAGUAGCCGCAGGUGAUGAUGAUAAAAGCCCCGUUUUUUUCUUGGUAAGAAUUGAACUGGAAUCUUCGGUGAACUGGGUUCGUCGAUCAAGAACUCAAUCUGUUAAUUCUUUGCUGGUAGCAUCUCCGAUCAAGACUUAGUUCCUGGUGAGAUUUUUGAUUAGUUGUUGAGCUCAGAUUAUCGGAAAGCUCUGUUCUUGAGCAGAGAGGACGAUUUGAUUCUUGCCCAGUAAGGGGUUUUCAUCAAAAGUUUGGGCUUGAGGUCGAGCCUGGAAUUGUUUUAGUCCAUUUCUGUGGCAAAGUGGAGGAUAAAAAGAUGAGCUUGGGAGCUGCAACAGCGGAGGAGACUUCAUCCCCGUCCACAGAAAUGAAAGUCCCGGCCGAGGUCGACUGGCACAUGCUCGACAAAUCGAGGUUCUUCUUCCUUGGGGCUGCACUGUUCUCCGGCGUCUCAGCCGCUCUCUACCCGAUCGUCGUGCUAAAGACCCGGCAGCAGGUCUCCCCUUCGAACGUUUCCUGCUUCAGGAUGUCCUUAUCGAUCAUGCAGUACGAGGGAUUCCGAGGGUUUUAUCGGGGAUUCGGGACAUCCCUGAUGGGCACUAUCCCCGCCCGGGCCCUCUACAUGGGAGCUCUUGAGGUGACAAAGAGCAGCGUGGGAAGCGCCACCGUUAGGUUGGGGAUUUCGGACACGACCGCCCUGGCAAUAGCCAAUGCAGCUGCGGGGUUGAGCUCGGCGAUGGCAGCCCAGCUGGUUUGGACCCCGGUCGAUGUCGUGAGCCAGAGACUUAUGGUCCAGAAUGGUGCCAAGAUAGGUCUCAUCAGCGAUAGAUGUGAUAAGUACCGGAAUGGGAUCGAUGCAUUCCGGAAGAUCCUCUGCUCCGAUGGACCGCGGGGUCUCUACCGCGGGUUUGGGAUCUCAAUCCUGACGUACGCACCAUGCAAUGCGGUCUGGUGGGCCUCGUACUCAGUCGUGUCCCGACUCAUCUGGGCAGGCCUCGGUCGGAUGGAUUCAAAUCGCAGGCACCACAUGAGCUCAAGCCCGAACUCAAGGUCAGCGCUGGCUGUUCAGGGGCUGAGUGCAGUGGCAGCCAGCGGGGUCUCAGCCGUGAUCACAAUGCCGCUCGACACUAUCAAGACAAGGCUUCAGGUGAUGGACGGCGUGGAGGAGAACGGGAGGAGGAGGGCAAUGACGGCUUUUCAGACGGUCCGGAGCUUGGUCAAGGAAGGCGGGCUCAGGGCCUGCUACAGAGGGCUCGGGCCGAGGUGGGCCUCGAUGGCCAUGUCUGCGACAACAAUGGUCACGACGUAUGAGUUCCUCAAGAAACUGUCUGCUAAGAACCAGGAUUGCUUCACCUUCAUGACCAGCAGAAAGUGAUCAGGAAGAGAAAUCGAAAGGAAAAUGAAACAGACCAAUAGUUUUCCUCGGAAAACAAUUUCUAUGUGCUGUGGCCUGUUUUCCCAUUGUUUCAGUGGGCAAGAGGGCUUCACCAAUGUAUAUUCAGCUUCAGCUUCUUAGCAGGGCAAUGUAGAAUUACGAUCUAGUAACAUCAAUAACAUUAUUCUAUAUUUGUGCUCCUACGAA